AUGUUAUUGACACUUUGUAAAGCGCCAUCAGGUGGAGGCGGAGCCAGAAAUCAUCGUCCAGUUUUAGAGUUAGUGAGGAAAUUAUCUUCUAAAGAAAUAAAUCCUGGCCAAAAUCAAAAUAAACUGAAAGAUGAGAAAUCUCCGUAUUUAUUACAGCAUGCAAACAAUCCUGUACAUUGGUAUCCAUGGGGAGAAGAAGCGUUUAAAAAAGCGCGAGAAGAAAAUAAAAUGAUAUUUUUAUCGAUUGGCUUUUCGACUUGUCACUGGUGUCACGUGAUGGAACGUGAAUCUUUCCAGGAUGAAGAAAUCGGGAGAAUUCUAAACGAAGAUUACAUCAGUAUUAAGGUGGACAAGGAAGAACGACCAGAUAUCGACAGAAUUUAUAUGUUAUUUGUGGAGGCAACAUCAGAAGAUGGAGGGGGCUGGCCACUUAAUGUUUGGCUGACUCCAGAAUUAAAACCUGUUUUUGGUGGAACAUAUUUCCCUCCUGAUGGCAAUGUCUAUAACCGACCUGGAUUUAAAUCUGUUUUACUGAAUAUAGCUAAUAAGUGGAAAGAAGAUAGUAAAAGUAUAUCAGCUGAUGGAGCUAGAAUUAUAGAACUAAUCGAUAAAGCUACCAAAAACAUUCGGGUUAUCAAUCGACAACGUGUGGAUGAAAGACACCUGUCUGGUUGUUAUGAUGUUUUAACAAGAUCGUUUGAUUCUGUAAAUGGUGGUUUUGAUUCAGCACCUAAAUUUCCCCGCCCCUGUUAUUUAGAAUUUUUCCUGCGGUACUAUUCCUACAAUAGGAUGGAGAAGGAAGCGCUAGAAAUGGCAGUGUUUACCCUGGAGAAAAUGGCCAGGGGUGGAAUUUAUGAUCAUAUUGGAAAUGGUUUCCACCGUUACUCUACAGACAAUAAAUGGCACGUUCCACAUUUUGAGAAGAUGUUAUACGAUCAAGCUCAGUUAGUUGUUACAUACUUACACGCUUAUCAGAUAACUAAAAAUCAAGAAUUGGCUAGAAUCGGAAGAAAUAUUUUAGAAUAUAUUUUACGAGAUCUUAGUCAUCCUAGUGGAGGUUUUUACACUGCCGAAGAUGCUGAUUCGUUCCCUACCCAUGAUGCAACAGAGAAGACAGAAGGAGCGUACUACACAUGGACUAAAGAAGAAAUAGAUCAUCUGUUGUCAGGGACUGUGGAAGGACAUGACAACCUCAAUUUAUCAGAAAUAUUUUGUUGGUAUUUCAAUGUUAAAGAUGACGGCAACGUGGAUCCUUAUCAGGAUCCACAUGGCGAAUUUAAAGGGAAGAAUAUAUUAUUUAUCAACAAGACUGUUCUAGAAUCAGCAGAACAUUUCUCCAUGACAACAGAACAGUUCCUGGAAGUGAUUGAACAAUGCCGAGAGAUUUUAUACACCGAAAGAUUAAAACGACCGUGUCCUCACUUAGACACUAAAAUUGUUUCUUCCUUAAAUGGUUUAAUGUUGACAACGCUAUCAAAGGCCGGACAAAUUCUUGGAGAUCAGAAAUAUGUGGAUUUAGCAAAGAAAACAGGGAAAUUUAUUUUGACUAAUUUGUAUUCUGGCGAAGUUAGAGAGCUGAUUAGAAGUGUAUACGUAGAUAAAGAUGGUAGUGUCACUCGCAGAUCCCCACCUAUAGCAGGUUUUUCGGAAGAUUAUGCAUUUGUUAUUCAGGGACUAUUAGAUUUAUACGAAACGACAUUUAACGGAGAAUGGCUGCGAAUAGCUAAAACUCUGUCUGAUAAACAAUCAAAGGUGUUCAUGGAUCCCUGUGGAGGGUUUUUUGACGGCCCUGAAGCCUCCUCUCUUAUUUUAUCUUUAAAAGAAGAUUCUGAUGGAGCCUUACCCAGCCAUAAUUCAGUGUCUGCCUUGAAUCUUCAGCGUUUGUCGGCCAUGUUGAAUAACGAGGAACUAUAUCAUGAUACAGUGAGACUACUGUAUACUUUUCAUACCAGAUUGGUGGAAUUUCCUCGUUCCCUUCCAGCCUUAUACUCCGCCUGUUUAUUUUUCUUUAAAAAACCAGUACAGAUUAUAAUAACUGGUAGACUGGACUCGGAGUCAACUCAGGCCAUGAUUAAAGUCAUAAACUCUUUUUUUAUUUUCAAUAAAGUUGUAUUAGUCGUGGGUGACCCCAAAUAUUCACGAUACCUGGAGAGGGAAGUACCAGUUUUGAAGAAUUAUAAACUGGACGGAGAAGAAACUAUAGUGUCUAUUUGUGAUGAUUUUAAAUGUCUACAACCUUUGACUUCUGCUGAACAUUUACAUCGAUUGAUUGAAACCAGUAUGGUUGCAACUCUAUAG